GGGGGGGGGGGGCUUAUUCUUUGACAAGAUAAUACAUUAAUAGUCAUGUGGCACUGAUCUAUAAGAUUAACAUCCGCGCAUUUGUCUCACUCCGGUUCGGGGUCUUUCAAGAUACGGAUCGCUCAGAAUAAUCUCACUAUACAAAGAACAUUGAUCCAGAAGAAAUAUGAAUGACUGGACAAUUUCUUUUUUUAGGCAGUUCCCCACAUCAGUUCUUCCAUUCUUAUUCUCGCUUCACGGCGCAAAGGCCUCAACCUCAAUCUUAAUUAACAUCUUCUCGAGCCCUAACCUCGGCAUACUCAAUAAUGUUCAAACAGGCCGGUGCCCCGGGACCCUUUUCCUUAUCUUUGGCACUAAAUACUGCAUGAUGUCAUCUAUACCCACCGUAUAACUACGCCACAAAUACACAUCUUCUCAACCUCUUAAGCUAUGACUUUGCAGCACUUGAUCGAUGUUGGCGAACACGAGGUCGAUUUGAGACUUCAUGUCGGCGGGAAGGAAUUGGGAGCUGUCCUAGCUGUCUUGGCCGGAGACCUUGAUGAUACCCGAGGGGAGAAUGAUAGAUUGUGAGUAGUGGUAUGCCUCGCUGGCUUGUUGGCCGGGGCCGGUAGGGUCGGUGGUGUAGGUGAGGGAGGACAUUUUUAAUGGCUUCUAUUAUGGCGUUAUGAA